UAUAUGAAGUACGUACGCAUGAGUGCGACGCACAUUCGCAUUCAUGCCAGUUUCCUUCCUCCUACAACCCCCACGUCGACGCCCACACCUCCAAUGAUUCCUUGAUUGAUUCACAACAUCCCUGUCCUAGAAAUCUCUCUGCACAAAGCGGUCGGGGUCAGAGGUUUUUGGCCGCAGCCAUGUCGUCCCCGGCGGCAUCGCCUGGCACUUCCGACGACGCUGCAGACGCGCCCGGCAUCACCAGCUCCAACCUGACGCUGCUGUACAUCAUCAUCGCUGUCGUCGUCGGCGUCGUGCUGUACCUGGCCGUCCGCUACGGUAGGUCGCUCCUGUCCGAGUGGCGCGAGCUCAACGGCGCCGGCCACGGCCCGCCUCCCGCAUUCCACCUCGGGCUGAGCUCUGAGGACAUCGCCGCGCUCCCCACCUUCACCUACAGAGCGCGAGCGACGCCGACGCCGUCGCCCCAGGGCAGCUGGGGCGGCUGCACGAGCGGCGGCGGUAAGAGGAGGAGCGGCAGCAAGGGGAGGGCGACGCCGGUGGAGUGCGUGGUGUGCCUGCAGGAGCUGGAGGACGGCGACGUGGUGCGCGUGCUGCCGGCGUGCAGGCACUUCUUCCACGGCAGCUGCAUCGACACCUGGCUGCGCGCGCACUCGUCUUGCCCGGUGUGCCGCGCGGAGCCGGAGAGCGCGCGGCCGGGCGAGACGGCUCUGUCGCCGCCGCUGCCGCAGCUGCGUCGGUGCGGCGCCUCACCGGAGCGGCCUACGGCCUCGAGGAUCCUGGCGGACAUCUUGGCGCGGUCGCCGUUGAGGAUCGGCGGCUCGACGAGCGAAUCGAAGGAGAGGAUCAUUUCCAGGUCGCCGUCGCCGGCGCCAACGGCGCGUGAUUACACCAUGUCAAGAUCUCCGUCGCGGACGCCACUGACGCAUGGUAUGGUGGACGAACGCGAACGGGGUUCACUGUCGCAGUCGCCCCAGACGCUGGAGGUUGUGGUGGUUCGCUCGAAAUCGCCGUCUCCGAUGAGGUUCGGCCGUCAGUCGACGACGACGUGCCUGGGCGUGCUGGAGCGCACAGAUGCGAGCAUGUCGGCAUCGCCGUCCCCGCCGGCGACAUAUGCAGAGGACGCUGGCGAGUCGUCGUCCAAAUUGACCCAUUAAGUGGGUGCAGCCGUGCAGGAACAAAGUCAAUCAAUUCAGUUGCACAGUGCGCAGUAAACAGAAGCAGCAAUGGCGCUGAGACCAUUGCUUCUUGCUCCAUUUUGGCGGCUGCCAUACAACUCUUUUUUUUGGCGGCUGCCAUCCAACUCUUUAGUGAUGCAUUUUGUGUCACUUCAAAGAAUGUAAAUAUUCAGUGUUGAGUAUGUUUGAGUUUGACAACAAGAAAAUGACCAAGGUGCAUGCCCAUAAACCUUUCUUUAUCCCCAGUUUCUUCUUAGCUUUUUUUUUUGAGUUGGAGUUUCUUCUUAACCCUAGAUAUUGAGGCGUAGUAUACACAACAAGAGGGGCAGGAGCAUAAACGAUAA